AUGUCGAGCGCCAGCUAUCUGAGCGACUUUUUAGAAAAUCACAAUGUAGAUAUAUGCGGAAUAGCCGAACAAUGGCUGUACAAUCACAACCUAAGAUUUCUAGAUUCAAUUAAUACUAAAUAUAUCAGCCAUUCUAUAGCGGACUCCGACCUCAACAUUCCAGGAAAUAGACGUGUUGGUAAAGGGGGUAUUGCUAUUCUUUGGAAUCAAAAUUUAAACAGUAUUGUCGCACCACUAUAUUUGAAUUCAAAAUGCAUCAUAGGUAUAGAAGUAAAUGUAGCUGAAGGUGAAUACCUUUAUGUAUUUCAAAUAUACCUUCCAUGCAAAAAUCAUUGGAUUGUAAUAUUUAAAAAUAGUCUAGACGAUGUAGAGAACACACUUUGUCAAUAUAAAGAUAAGGGUAAUGUGUUGGUAAUGGGCGAUUUUAAUGUAGAACUUCCAGCCAGACACGAACUCAGUUUUCAACCUGACCAUCGGGGUAAUUUGCUUAUUGACAUUAUGAUCCGAAAUCAUUUGAUAGCUCUUGACGGCACUAAGUUAUGUAAUGGGGCGUAUUAUAGUAACGUGUCUUACAAUAGCUCAAGAGAAACUCUAAUCGAUCAUAUUCUUCUUUCUCAAAAUGAUAUAGGCUGUGUUAAGGCAUGUUUUAUUCUUGAUGAAAACUGUUUAAAUGUUUCAAACCACCGCCCGCUAGUGUGUACAUUAGCCAUCUCUGUGAAUGAAAAUAAAGCCACCAAAAACAUAAACGCAAAUAACAGUAUUAAUUGGAAAAAUGUUAAACCGCAGAAUAUUGACAAAUUUCGCGCAUAUUUAAACAGCAGUAAUGUAUUGAGUGAGUGCAUAUCUAGAGAAAUUUCUUCAACAAAAGAUAUCGACGAACUUUACUCCAAAAUCAUAAGCACAAUACAGGAAGCAUCGGAUAAGUGCAUUCCGAAAUCAAAAUUUAAACCCUUCAUAAAGCCGUACUGGAAUAAUGAUUUAGAUCGUUACCAUAAAAAUAUGUCUAUCAAACGAACUUUAUGGUUAAAUGAAAACCGCCCAAGAUAUGAGAAUUGUACAAGUUUUAAAGAAUACAAGGAUUCUAAACGCAUGUUUCGAAAUCUACAUCGAAAGGUAGUCCAACAGUAUGUCGAAAAGGUCGAGAAUGAAAUUGAUACGGCCGCAGAAAUAGACAAUAAUGAAUUUUGGAGAUUAAUUAAUAAAGAGAGAAAGAAAAAUAGGACUUCUCCAGUGUUCGAAAUGAAUUUUAACGAUAACAUUUGUAAUAAUCCAGUUGAUAUAAAUCGGGGCUGGAGGGACUAUUUUACUGAACUAUAUAAACCUACGAGAAAUGCUGACUUUGAUGAUGAGUAUAUGAAACUUCGCAAAGAGGAAUUGCAAUGUUUUGAACGGAAUGCAAAAAUCAAUGAUUCUACUAAAGUUAAGAUAGAAGAGUCCAUGGUCCGUAAACAGUUAGCAACCUGCAAAAAUGGUAAAGCCGCUGGGUAUGACCGCAUCAAUUACGAACAUAUUAAACAUGGCGGGGAUUUAAUUAUUAUCGUCAUAACAAAGUUUUUCCAAAAAAUGUCUAAUUUCUGUCAUAUCCCAGACAACCUUAAAAAAGGCUGUUAUAACUGUACCUUUUAA